CGGAUCUCCACUUCUGAUAUUUGAAGUGUCAUAAAAUUAUCGUAUUCUGACUUGCCUCCCAAAAUUUUCAUUGUACAAUCAAAAUUAUUUCGUGAAUCAUGACCAACAUCGCCCCAGUUACUCGUCGAGUGGCGAGGAUCGUCUUCUCCACCCUGAAAAAGAUCGGGAGCUCGAGAGGAGUCACCCUCAAAAAAAUCCACGAGUACAUCAGACUGAAAUAUCCCAACUCUCCGAAUGACAUUGUGAAACUCAAUAACACUCUUCAGAAAGCUCUGGCGUUUGGGGCAGUAAAUAAGAGGAAAGACAGGUAUGUACUUGGAAAUGUCCUUAAAGGCAUGAUCAAAGGACACGGAAGCCACAAGAUAAUCCAGGCCAGACGUAGAAGGAGUAGAAGAGCAAGAAGAGGAAGAAUAGGUCGUGGAAGAAGGAGGAGGGGUGGCAGACGAAGGACCAUCAGAAGAAGACGAUGAAAACUUUUCAUUUUUUGUCCGUCCCUGUAUUUGUCGGCUCAACUCGCUAUUGCGUUGCCAAUAAAUAUCUAACAGUUUUUGUCUA